AUGGUAAAGUUUUUGCCGCACGAAUCUGUGGCAAAUGGCUCGUUCAAUCUGGGGCACAACACUGUACUACCUCAGAUCAAGGUCUGGGAAGACCACCUUGGUAACACAGAGGAAGUCCUGACGCUUCUGGUGAGCAGGUUGGAAAGCGAUUACGCAGCUCUGAACCCGAAGAUGCGGCGGCCAUACCAAUCAAAAGAUGACGGGCUGCAGAGAUGCUGCUGCAUCUAUGUCGCUCUUGUGAAGGCCUUUCAAGCAAAGGUGCCCGUUGCAUACUUUGAGUCAGAGCUUCCAGAGAUUCGGAGAUC